AAUUAUUCAUUUUCUUAGAACUCGAAUCGGUAAAAAACGGAAACCACACCGCGGCGGGACCAGUAAAAUUGCCUGGAAGCUAUGAAUAAGCUUGCGUUUCACUUUUGAAGUUGGAAGAAUGGUCCCACGGUCGACCGACGAUCAAAUCAGGGGGGAAAUUCUGUGAGCAAAAGAAUAUCGUUGAGUUGUGUAUGAAGGAGUAGAGGAAGCAGAAGAUAAGUUUAUGGAUCGAGUAAAGGAUUAGCAGUAACGAUACGCAUGCGGUUUACCGAUUUGGGUUACAGAGAGGGACAUGGGGAAGGGAAAAUUCUCGCUACGGAGGAAGAAGAAGGGGGUGACGGGGACGCCACAGAGGCCGCCUCGUGCAACAGAUCACUCAUCUGGAAACGGGAGCGGGAAUUUGAUUGCGCCGAAUGUAGGGCCGAGCAAGACGGCGAAGAAGAAGGCAGGUGGCUCCAGGCUGUGGAUGAGAUUUGAUCGGAUGGGGCAAUCGGAGCUGAUGGAGUGCGACAAGAGUUCAAUCAUCAAGCGCGCCUCCGUUCCUACUAGGGACUUGAGGAUCCUUGGCCCAAUAUUCUCUCAAUCCUCCAGCAUCCUCGCUAGGGAGAAGGCUAUGAUUAUUAACUUGGAGUUUGUAAGAGGAAUAGUUACUGCCGAAGAGCUGUUGUUGCUCGAUCCUCUACGUCAAGAGGUUCUUCCUUUUAUUGAUCAGCUGAGACACCAAUUGCCUCAGAAGAGUUCUUCAAAGAAUACAAAUGGAACAAAUGAUGUACAAGAGGAUGACUUGCAAUUUCCAGGUGCUGGAAAAUGGCUACAAGAAACUAUUGAAGGAGGCCUGCAUGCUGAACAACUUCCAUUUGAGUUCCAGGUGCUGGAGGUUGCAUUAGAAGUUGUGUGUAUGUAUCUCGAUUCUAAUGUGGCGGAACUUGAGAGAGAUGCUUAUCCUGUUCUUGAUGAACUUGCCAUGAGUGUUAGCACAAGGAACCUUGAACAUGUUAGGAGCUUAAAAAGCAACCUUACGCGUUUGCUAGCACGUGUACAAAAGGUCAGAGAUGAGAUUGAGCACCUUUUGGAUGAUAAUGAAGACAUGGCCCAGUUGUACUUAAGUAGGAAAUCGAUUCAGAAUCAACAAUCUGAAGCAAUGCUAUUGGGAACUGCCACUACAGGUUCAAAUGCCAUUACUCCCAUGGUGCCGAAUUUCAGAAGGUUAGGUUCCACCAGGAGUGGAAGCUUAGUGAGCAACUGCUUAGAUGAUGACGUGGAAGAUCUUGAAAUGUUGCUGGAGGCUUACUUCAUGCAGUUGGAAGGCACCCGUAAUAAGAUAUUAUCUGUGCGCGAAUACAUAGAUGACACAGAGGAUUAUGUCAACAUCCAAUUAGACAAUCAGCGGAAUGAACUGAUUCAACUGCAGCUGAUAUUGACCAUUGCAUCCUUUGCCAUAGCCGUGGAGACCCUUGUAGCGGGUUGGUUUGGCAUGAACAUCCCUUGUACCCUAUACAACAUACAAGGGGUAUUUUGGCCAUUCGUUGCUGGUAUCACAACUGCUUGUAUCAUUCUCUUCUUCAUCGUCCUAGGCUAUGCCAGAUGGAAAAAGCUGCUUGGAUCAUAAAUUUGGUUCCUUCAUUGAUCUCUCAUUUCUUUUUCUUUUUUUCUUUUAUGUGUUUGUAUUAUAUACUUAGUAUGAAAUAAUGACAUAAGUAAUACAAUCAGCUUUUAAAUGGACAAUUGUAGGACCAUUUUUAUUUGGGACAAAGAACUAUCUGAAAAUGAUAGCCAAUAUCUACAAUGUCCCAACUUGUCAUCGUGAACCCUAAAUCACAUACGCAUCCAAAGUUCCAUUUCCUUCUUUGGCUAGCCGCACUGGGAAUUCAAGUGGAGACUCCAGCGCCAGGCGACGAGAACGAUGAGUGAAGGCGGAAGGGACUUAAUCGGCCAAGAUUCCAUCGGCGAUGAAGUUUCCUUCAUUCUCAAUGCUUGGUUGUGGAUGAACAAUUGCUCUCUGAAGCAGCAACACCGAACCCUUUUUCGCUAAAUCUGAUCAGAGGAUCGUCGUCUUCGAUGGAGCCCCGCCAUUGUAGGAGCACACGGUAGAUGUUGGGUCGAGAGCAGGCAUCAGUGACGGGGGUUUGGGUAUGGUGGUCACAAGUAGUGGUGGACGGAGGUCUUGGUCGGAUGCGAUGGCGGUUGGCAGUGGAGAGAGGUGGGUCACCGGAGGUACGUGGUGGUUGGUAGUGGUGGCGGGGGUGGUUGAUGGUGGUACUCACUAUAAGAUCAGAUAAUCGUAAAUGGGUGGAUUACGUAAUUGUAAGUCUGUAAUUGGUUGGAUUAGGUAAUGUAAUUUAUCGGGUUGAGUAACUGUAACUGGUCGGAUCACGCAAGUAUAACUGGUCGAAAUGGGAAAAUGUAACUAGUCGGACGGGUAACUGUAAGUGGGCAGAUUGAGUAAGGAGCACAAAAGAGUCACACAAGUCUUUUUUUUUUUUGAAAUAUUUAAAAUUAGAUUGAUUUCUGUC